CUAUUAAUCUACACAAGGAUUUUCUCACAAUUUCUCUCUUUCUUUUCUCUCAGAAGGGCACCCACUUACUUAGCUCUUCUCAAGCUUUCUCUCACUCUUUCUUGCCCAUUGCCUUUGCAUGCAUGUAUAUUUAUAAUGAAAAAUCCAACCACCCAUGCACCAUUUUUCUUUGCCUCAUUACUACCCAUCCAUGAUUUUCUUUGUUCAGUAAAUGGGUCAACAUGCAAUCUUGCAUGAUUUCAACAAAGCAAAUGCUAACCCACAACUAGCUAGAUACAUACACUCAACUUCCUAUGGUCAAGCACAGAGAGCAUUUGAAGCUGCGCAGGCUAUUCAUGAUCUGAAUGGUGUAGCAAGUGUUCUAAUGCGUCAUCCAUAUCACUUAGAUUCACUUCUAACAAUGGCAGAUUAUUUUAAAUUUGUGGGAGAGCAUCAGAUGUCAGCAGAUUCUAUUGCAAAGUGUUUAUAUGCCUUGGAAUGCACAUGGCAUCCUAUGUUCACCUCCUUUCAGGGUAACUGCCAGUUGAAGUACAGUCAUGAGGCAAACAAUCCAUUGUUCAAAGCACUUUUCAUUCACAUGAAAAACAUGGGCAGACGUGGCUGUCAUCGUUCUGCACUGGAGGUUUGCAAAUUGUUGCUUUCGCUCGAUUUGGAUGAUCCACUGGGAGCUAUGUUCUGCAUUGACUACUUUGCUCUUAGGGCUGGGGAGUAUGCAUGGCUAGAACGAUUUUCUGAAGAAUAUGAAAGUGAUAACUCCUUAUGGUUGUUCCCAAACUUCUCAUAUUCCCUUUCUGUUUGCCGGUUUUAUCUUGAGAGAGAGGACUCUUCAGUUGCUGCUUGUCAGGAUACUUCAAAGGCUACUUCUGCUGAUCUUAUUAAUCAGCCUUUGAUGCUUCAUCCUGCAGUCCUUAAGAAGCUUCUUGUCAUUGAGUCACUGGAAUCCAAUAGAAAUGAUGCUAAAGAUUGUGCUUGUGCGAGAAAAGAAGCAUUCUCAUCUGGGAAAAAUGAGUAUGCUCAUUUGCUGGUUCAGGAUUUUUCUGACACGGUACCGACCAUUCCACCUGAUAACCUGCAAAACUUUACGGUUGAACCAAGGGCAGCUUUGCAGAUUGGCAACUUGGUUCCUGAUCCAGUUGAUGCUGGCCAUGCUCCACCACCAAGAGACAUUGCAAAUCGUAAUCCAUUGGUUGUUUUGAUUGAAUCAAUGCUACCAUGGGUGAAUUAUGGUGAUGGAGAAGAUGUUGUGGCUAUUGAUGAAAAUCAGCAUAAUGGACACGCCCAAGAUGAUGAAAAUGAUUGAGCAUCUGUAUUAUGGACGGUUGAUAGAGAACUUUUUACACCAUUGUAUCCAAUUUUCAUAAUGUUUCUGAUACAUACGUUCCCCUUGGAAAUCAGAUAACAUUUCAGCAAAGAAAAUAGCUCUUCCAUGUAUAAAGGGAUGCUAAGACA